AUGAAUCUCAGGUUGCAUAUAUUUUUCUGUCAACUCUUAUGGUUGGUAGCAGUGCUGAAUGGGAAGAGUUUUCAAGGAGUACCCGGAUAUGGAAGGAAUUUAAUAAUUAAAGCUAUACCGGAAGUGGAGGACUAUCAAAGCAAUAUUUACGAAAUUUUCAUGGAACCCUACUUGUAUGAACUUGGCUCUACCUAUCCCUUAGGAACGGAUCGAGCAGAAAAACAGGUCGAUGUCGAUGUUGUGCCGCACGCACCUGGUCUACGUGCGAUCGUCUAUUUACUUCAAGACCAGGAAUCAGGAGUAGAAGGAGAACUCGUCUUCACACAGAUCUUGCCAAAUGGUCCGGUAACGAUAGAAGGCAAUGUAACAGGAUUGUCUCCUGGACUACAUGGAGUGCAUGUACACCAGGCAGGUGCUAUUAAGGAUAACUGUAAAGAAAUUGGACCACAUUUCAUAGCAUAUUAUGGCCGUCACGGUGGUCCACGCGAUCAUGUCCGCCAUGUUGGCGAUCUCGGCAAUAUAAAGGCAGAAGAAGGCGAAACUCUUAAUGUUAAAAUCGUGGACCAUUUGAUAUCCCUAACGGGCCCACGCUCGAUUGUGGGGCGGUCCAUCGCCAUAACGAAGAGUGAAGACGACUAUGGACGAGCUGGUACAGAAGACAGCGCUUUAACCGGGACUUCUGGACCCGCUAUAGCUUGUGGCGUGAUUGGAUAUUUGAAU